GGAGAAAGAAUUAGGUAUGUAAAACGUGCUAUGGCAUGAUUUAAGUGGAUCAAAUUCUGUUGUGUGUCUGUGCAACACAUUAACUCGACUGCACUCAUUUUAAACCGUCUGCUGGCAACACUCCCUUCUUCAUAUCACAGUUGUCAGGUCUUAGCCUCGCCUGAAGGAGUCCAUCUAUGGUAGCCCUGCACCAGACAUGGCAGUGGACAAGAAAAUAUUGAAUAUAAGCUCCCCGGUUGCAAAUGAGGAAACCAAAGGUGGAGUUGAAAGGGAAAACUGGAAGAAUCCCUUUCAAUUCUUCUUUUAUUGUCUAGGAUACGCCAUCGGAUUCGGCAACGUAUGGAGGUUUCCUUACCUGUGUUACAAAAAUGGAGGAGCCGCCUUUCUGAUCCCUUACCUGACGAUGCUUUUCGUGGCCGGAAUCCCUGUCUUUUUCAUGGAGCUAAGCAUCGGCCAGUAUGUCAGUCUGGGACCCACAGUUCUUUUCUACAAGCUGGCGCCCAUCUUUUCCGGUCUCGGCUGGGCUAUGGUUAUCGUUGCGUACUUCACAUCCAUGUAUUUCAAUGUGAUCCUGGGUUGGUCCUUCUUCUAUUUGAUAUUCUCAUUCUACUCUCUGCUCCCUUGGAGUCAUUGUGAUAAUGACUUCAAUAGCCCAGGAUGCUACUACGAAGAAGGCGCCGCUUUGUGCAGAAACCAGAGUCUCUUCUUCUUCAAUCAUUCAUGUUUAUCCCUGGAGGACUACUGCGGCCUGGAAGACUUGCUCCCGUUUAACGAGACGCACUGUCAAAACUCUGCCAACACUUCCUUAACGCCCACUGAGAAAGUAGUCACCAGGAUCUCGGCAAGUGAAGACUUCUUCAGGAAUCGUAUGUUGCGGGUGACUGGUUCCACGUGGGAGGACAUGGGCGAUAUGCAAUGGGAGCUGGUGGGUUUAAUGGCGCUUUCUUGUGUAAUUGUGGGCAUUUGUCUUUCACGAGGGAUUAAAACUACUGGAAACAUCGUCUACUUCACCGCUCUCUUCCCUUACGCUGUGAUGUUCAUCCUCUUCAUCAGAGGAAUCACCCUGGAGGGCGCGUACAAGGGCUUGGAGUUUUACAUCCUCAAGCCAAACAUGACCCGCCUGACGGAAGUAGAGGUGUGGUGUGAAGCAGCUGUGCAACUCUUCUUUUCCACGGGGAUCUGCUUCGGCUCUCUUAUUACUCUUUCUUCUUACAACAAGUUCACAAACAAUUGCAUGAGGGAUGCGUUUGUGGUGACUAUCACCAAUUGCUCGACGUCCGUCUUUUUUGGGGUGGUUAUAUUCUCUGUGUUGGGCUUCUUGGCCAAUGAGAUGGGCGUCAAUGUCAACGAAGUAGCGGCAUCAGGCUCGGGUUUGGCCUUCGUGGUGUACCCUGCUGCUAUAAGCCUCAUGCCUAUUCCGCAGCUAUGGUCUGUCCUUUUCUUCCUCAUGCUCAUCAACGUCGGCUUCGGUACCCAGUUCAGCAUGGUGGAGGCUGUUACCACUGCAAUCGUCGACCAGUUCGAAUCGUUACGGAAGAGGAAGCCACUGGUGGUGAUGGGGACGUGUAUCUCUCUCUUCCUGAUGGGACUGUCCAUGUGCCUUCAGGGAGGGAUCUACAUGCUGGAGGUGUUCGUAUUCUACUCGGCGGGUGUGUCUGUUCUCAUCAUUUGUAUCCUGCAAAUGAUCGCCGUUAUUGGCAUUUUUGGUUUCCGCAAUUUGCUCAAUGCGGUCGAGGAAAUGAAGAUAAGGGUUAGGUUGCCUCUACGCAUCUACUGGGGAGUCACUUGGCUCUGUCUUACUCCUGCUUCUCUCAUCCUCAUCACGGUGAUCUCCUUCGCUGACAUCGUGCCAGCCUCCUGGGAAGAGUACUUGUUCCCGGAGGCCAUACAGGUGCUCGGUUGGUUGUUGUGCUACUGCCCUGUCGCCGUCGUUAUUCUCGGCGCCGCUCACGCAGUGGCUACUAACAAGGAAGAGUUCCUGACUCUAUUCAAGACUACGUCUGAGUUUUGUCCAGCGAAUAAGAGAGCAAAACAAGAAGAGGAGAUCAAUGCGAAAUUUCGUUAUUUGUCUCAUAAUGAAGUGUUUAUGAUAGAGAAUGGAUCUUCAUGAAGUAUGUGUGUGUGUGUAUGUGUGUGUGUGUGUGUGUGUGUGUGUGUGUGUGUGUGUGUGUGUGUUGUGUUGUGUUGUGUGUUUUGUGUAUCAUAUGUGGUGUGUGUGUGUGUGUGUGUGUGUG